CGGCCGGAAGCAGAUCACCAGACCGGAUGAAGGAUAAAUUACCUCAUACUGAAGCUUCCUAUCCGGCGGAGAGGUUUUUCUUCAGUGUUUGCGGGACUGAGGAGGGAAUGGAGCCGGCACUGUGGGUCGUGGGAGUGCUGGUAGUGCUGAGCGGCCCCCGGUUGUCCGAGUCUGCAUUGCCUCAGGAGCAGAAGACCCCAGGUAAUGUUGCAGGCAGCUCCAUGUGCUGGAUGACAGAAGAAUUUGGAAUAUCCAAACAAUGCUCCAUCUGUAAUGAGUUUGAGGCAAAAAGGAUUGCUGAAUGCAGCGUCACUGGGUUUAUAGAACAAGUGCAGUGCACUUCAUCAAGGAAGGCAGAAUACAAGAGCUGUCGUUCUGUUAUGAUGGAGAAGCAGGUCUUCUGGCAGUUUGUGGCUGGCAUGGUGGCUGCCGCUGUAGCCCUGUCCCUCCUUGUUGUGUUCCGCCAGCGGACCUUGGACAGGCGGGCGCUAGAAAAGGUGCGCAAGCAAAUAGAGUCCAUUUAAUCGACAGCUUCCCCCGUGACAAGGACAUCAGAGGAUACGCGGGCGAAUCUGUUGGCUGCGAGAGGAGACUUCUCUCUGUGGACGGGGUAUUGGGCAGGAAGAUGUAAAAACACAUAUUGGACUGCAAAUUCACACGGGGCUGCCUUCCAAUGCAAUGACCAGUGCUUGUUAUACAUUAUACAGACCACUGCCUACAAACAGGAAGCUACAGAUCGUGUACCCUGGUAUCCAAGGACCUGCCUCUGCGUGGAUUAUACCUUCCCUAUUUAUUAUGCAGCCUUUUGCUGUCUUAUUUUGUGUGAAACGUGAUUUAAAAUGUACAGUGUCCUGGUUUAUAAAAUAAAUAUAAAUGGUGUUUACGUUA